AUGCGUUCUAUAAUUCUGGUGCUUCUGCUCUCAUCGUUUAGUUUUUGUGCAGAAGUUGACAUCCACAAGCUGUUCGAGAUUUUCAGUGGAUUGACCAAGGACGAGGCCACGAAAUUAGAUGAGAUUAUGCUUCAUUCUACAGAUUACAAUGGCAGGAUCGACCAGGUCAAAUACAAGAAGCCUUCGAAGGAAAACAAAUUGCGCGCGAAGGUAAACAGCAGAGCAGCUUAUGAAUUUGUAGAAGGGGCGCUCCAAUACGGUCGACGAAUCAGACGGGGCGAGAUGAACAUGAAGAUGAUGGAUGGCAUCCGAAAAGUAGUUCUUUCAUCACCUCCACACCGUUUGAGUCCAUAUGGAUAUAUGUUUACUUCCAGAUUGAAGGAACAUUGGUUUCGCCUACCGCUAAAC